AUGCGCUAUUCCGGCUUACCUUCGUCACAUCCUGUCUCAGAGCUUCUAGAAAUUUCCCUUCAACUUCAAAGGAUCUGCACUCGCGGUUGCCUUCCCCUUCAGAAAUGGACUUCAAAUUCACCAGCGGCUCUUCAACAUCUUGACUCUUCAGCCUUACAACCUGAAGCAGUUUCGAUUGAAUCGGAGGAUUCGACGACGAAGCUUUUGGGCCUAGUCUGGGAUCCCAUCAAGGACGUAUUUCGGUUCAACCUUCAGGCAAACUUCUCUUCAACAAUAACUAAGCGGAUCGCCCUCUCGGAAACUGCUUCCUUGUUCGAUCCCCUUGGUUUUAUUUCUCCGGUAAUCAUUACAGCCAAAAUCUUCAUGCAGGAGCUCUGGCUCGCAAAACUGCAGUGGGACGACCUUCUCCCGGAACGACUUCAACUUCGGUGGUGGCAAUUCCGUGAAAGCUUGAGCGAUCUGCCCCUCAUUUCGCUUCCUCGGUGGCUACAUUCGUCUCCCACGGACUCGGUCGAACUUCAUGGGUUCUCUGACGCUUCGCAGCUAGCCAUGGCUGCUGUGGUUUACCUUCGAUCAACUUCUUCAGACGGCUCGACUUCUGUCACGCUCCUCGCUUCCAAAACGAGAGUGGCCCCUCUAAAACGGCUAAGUAUCCCUCGCCUCGAGCUUUCGGCUGCUCUUCUACUGGCUCGGCUCAUUGCAUACAUCCAGAAAAUGCUUCCGCUAAACGGCGCGCCUGUCUAUCUCUGGACGGACUCGUCGGUUACUCUCACCUGGGUCUCUUCACAACCAGCUCGCUGGAAAGACUUCGUCCGGAAUCGAGUUUCACUCAUUCAAGAAUUGACUUCAACGGCAAAAUGGCGCUUCAUUUCGGGAAAGGAGAACCCAGCGGACUGUGCUUCGCGAGGACUGACUCCUCUUCAGUUGUCCAAGCAUUCUCUCUGGUGGUCCGGUCCCACUUGGCUAAUGAACACUUCGGAAAACUGGCCGGCACAGCCACUAAACCUUCCCACGGACGCUCCACUCGAGCAUCGGCCCGGCUUCAGCUUUACUUCAAAUCUCGAGCCAAUAGGCGAGAUUUGGGAUCUUGUUCAACGGUAUUCUUCAUUGACACGACUUCUUCGAAUCACGGCAAUGUGUCAACGAGCUCUUCAUCGUUUCAAGCGCUCCUCACCGGUUCGGACGGACAUACAGCUUACUCCAGACGAUCUUGAACAAGCAAGACUCUUCUGGGUACUACAUAUACAAUCGGCUCAUUUCGCUGCGGAACUUCGAUCAAUCUCAAACGGAAAUUUUCUGACACGGGGUCAUUUCCUGUCGGCCUUGACUCCCUUCAUCGAUUCGCAUGGAACUCUUCGCGUCGGGGGACGCCUGCAGCAUUCCAGUCUAAAUUCGGAAGUAAAACACCCGGUGAUUCUUCCUCGUCAUUCGACGUUUACGACGCUCGUCAUCACUGACGCGCACUUCAAGACUCUUCACGGCGGAACUUAA